AAAGUGUGCGGUGAAGAGAUUCCAAGGUCGGUUCCACCAGAAGACGACGGCGGAUUCCUCUUGACCAGCUGUCGAUUGGCUUUACUGGAACAUUCAAAUGCUGUUUCCGAGGAAAUCUCCUUCGAUUCCGGUGAAAAAGUGCUAAACUUUCGUCCUUCAUAUGACGAACAUCAUCAGAGCAAGGGAUAUGUCACUGGAUUAGGUGUUUUCCCAAAUCAGCAAACUUCGGAGCUACGUGGUCGCAUUCGAAAUCUGAUCUGUCGGACUCGCAGCACUGCAGGCGAUGGCCAAACGACGGUUGCGAAACACCGUGUUCGAGCCUCCUCCACUCAAAACCUGCAUUGA